AACCUAACAUUUUAACUCGAUUUUUUACCAAUAUGCCUUGGAAACCAACCAACGACUUUGAAGAAGAAAUUGUAAAUCUGCAGCCACAUCAUGACUUCAUAUACGCCGUUCUAUCGGAACCCCAAUACAGUUAUCCACGACCCAAAGCCCAUACAGAAUAUGCUGCCAAUAAAAAGUCCGAAAGUAAAGAACAAGCUAAAGCAAAUAAAUCGAAUAGAAUUAUGAAUGCAAAGCUGCAUGUAAUACAGCAAGUGCAGCGUAUGGCUAACACUAAGCCGCUCGGUGAGCAACCCACUCUAGAAGACUGGGAUAAUGAUAAGAAAAUUGAACAGGAAACCAUUGGUAUGAUGCGUUACUGUGGCAUGGGUGUAAGUGUUGAACAGCCCCUGAAUCAGAAAGUAACUAUAGCAUCUUAUCCGGUGGAAAAUAAAAUUAAACUGGUACAAAAUGGUCGUAGAAAAGUGGCUUUGUACUUUGAUGACAAUGUUUUUAAAUUGAAGGAAAAAGUGUCAGAUACCUCGUCCGGAUUUGAAAGUUGCAAUAAUAGUGAAUCGCAUGAGUUUAAAAAUAACCCGAAUGAUAAUUCUCUGGCCUCUGAAAUAGAUGGCGAAGCCAGUUGCAAUGCAUCAUUUGUUAGCACUUCUUCUUUGUCAUUAAAUUCGUUUAGUAAUGCAGGAGAUACUAGUGAUUCUUUCUCCUCCGCAUCGGCUUGCAAAUCAACACCAUCUUCUCAAUUAAGAGCUCAACGUAUGAGGCAAUAUGAAAAAUUAAUAGAGGAUACCUCAUUAUUAUCCUUGGAUAGUAGUAGUAACAGCCAUAAAGACACAUUUGACUCUUUUGCAACUGCUGAUGAAAUGUCAUUUUGGAAACCAAUUUCAGAGGAAGAUGAGAAUAUAUUCCAUAAACAAGAAAACUGGCCUGGUUUGUCUAAUAAAAUUACUUUAAAUAAUAAAAACAACGAUCGUAGCAACAUAAAUACUCCAUAUAGUAAAGAAGAUUCGUUUAAAAGCGAUUCUACUAAUGUUUCAAGUGAAGCCUGCAGCAGCAGUAGUAAUCAAGCUAAAAGAAUAAACUUUUUAGAUCGUUUUAUUAAACCGGAAAAUUGUGAUUCUUUAAAUACAUCUUCGACUUCCAACGCAUCUACAUCAACAUCACCAGAGCCCUCAACAUAUGCUACUAUUACUAAAACUAGUCAAUCAUCACCAAAGCAUAAGAAGAAUGCAAAUGCCUUUCCGGACAUGAUAAAAGAUUUUCAACCUUUUUAUACGACACGACGAAUGUAUGCACUUAAACGUCAUGUCAAAUAGUUAUUUUUAGUUUCAUUUUAAUUUUUUUUUUUUAUAUAUUUUUUCACCAAAUCCAUAAGCAAGUUACAAAUAGUUAGUGUAUGAUAUAAGAAAGAGAUUUUAA